AUGUUACCAGACUUUUUGGUCAUGCAUCCAUCAGGUCCAUUUUUCCAACUAAUUCCAGUUGGAUAUGAUAAAGCAUUAGAAAAAUAUCCAGAAUUAGAUGAAGAACAAGAUAUUGAUUAUAUAGAAAGUUCUGCUAGUGCAUCUAUGCAUGUUAGUUCUGAUGCUUAUUUCGAUAAUUUAACAAUAUUAACACAAUUCGAGCGAUUAUUUAAAUUACUAGAGUCCAAAGAAUGCUACAACAACCAUAAAAUCGAAAUUAUAGUGGAUAAUGUUCGUAAUCAUUCAGCUCGUGCUUAUAAUUUAUUAGAUUUUAGAAAAAAGGAGUUUCAACACGUUGUCCUGUAG